UCUGCCCAUAUAAAGUUCCGCAUUUCAGGAUUCUUACCCCAAACGGAAUUUCCAACCACUCCAGCCAAAUAAAUCCCUGGACAAAACGAACCAUCGUACUUCCAGAUGGCCAAUGUUCUUCUCCGAUUUAUCGGAAUUAUCGGAUAUUUAAUUCUGGGGUCACCAGUGGGACAACAACUCACCUGCAAAACUGAGGAUGGCAACGUCUACGUGACCUGCGCCUUUCCUGUAGAACUGGACAUCACAAAAGACAGUUUCUUAAUGUACUACGCGAGAGAAGCUGAUGUAUUCACGUCCAGUUGCGAAGCGUUGAAACCUCUAGGUCUGGCUGGCGAGGAGUGGAUUCCACUGAAGAGGUCAACUCCAGGAAAUUUCAAAAAAAUAUUUAUACUUGUACCAGAACAAAAGUUCGUCCCACAGGUUCGAUGCCGGAGUCUAGUUGCGAAAGAGAUUAAGUGGGAUAUCUUCCAGUGAGGGUAAUUUUGGAUUACGAGUAGUAAAUGUUCAAUAUAUAAAAUUUUUUGUGGAAAAUAUUAGCUACUUUUUAAUAAUUUGCUACUUAUGAAUAAACUUAUAUUAACAUCCUCA